AUGUUAAUGGACGUCAUAAUUGGUGGGGAUGAUUCCUCAGAUACAAAAUUAAGUGACGUGGGUGUUGCAAGUACUAUUGACGAAUCGAAGAAAGUUCUUUCAAAAAGCUCUUCGUCUCGAGUAAUAACAGCAGAUACAACUCACAUGCUGAUUGAACCGAGUCAUAUAAUCGAAUAUGAAUGGCCUCCAAAAUCUGGUGAAAGGUUUUUUAUUCAGGAACAGAUUGCUGAAUUAUUAGAUGUCAAGUCUUUCAAACGGAAGUACCCAGACUUAAACAGACAUACAAUUGAAAUAAAUGAGCGUGAACAUUUAUUAACUACUUACAAACUUGCAUCGGUAAUGAACGAACAUCGUGAGUACUUUUCGCUUUUACUUUUUGAUGAUAUUUUAGUACUAGAAUAUCAACGAGCGACCGCAGAAAAGGCGAAGCUGCAGAUCGCGGAACAGCAAAAACAACUAGAUGCGGUACAAUUUCAUUCUCCGGAUUUAAUUUCUUUGUAUAAUAGUUUCGUUUCUAAACUUUUUGGCUUUUAUAAAUUCCCUUUUAUGGUAAACAGGAAUUCACGGCUUUACUUAAAAAUUAAAAUGGAUACAAAAAAGUUACAAGAAUUAAGAAAAAAUGCUGUGAGGAGUGCAUAUGAAUUCAAUGCAGAGAUGAAUGCGAUCAAAAAUGCUGAACGUCGACAUUUUUGGGAUAUACAAACUUCUAUUAUACAGUCUGGUCAAAAUCGGUGGAAGAGAAUGCCUAAGAGUGCAACUCGACCUGGACCGUAUCCUGUUGCUUUGAUUCCUGGACAGUAUCAACACUAUUACAAGAGAUUUACUGUUGAUCAGUUGCGACAGUUACCGUUAAAUAGUGUCCUGGAAUAUGAGCACUUAUUACCAUUAAAACGAGGCAGGUCUCCGUCGCCAAUUAAUGUGCCAGAAACUGAACUCAAUCAGGAGGAAGGACAGGAUGUAAGCUUUUCACAUUUAGAUGGUGCGGAUGGUCACUCGCAGUCGUCUAUGGAAAUAAAUAAUCAAAAAUUGACCGAUGUGCCAUGCUCUGCUUGUGGCGUUCUGGAUGAAAAACAAAAACUGCAGUGCUCAGUUUGUCAUACUGUUCUACAUUCUGAAUGCGCGAACAUUCCAGAACGUGUAGUUUCUGUGGCAUUAACAUAUAGGUGGUGUUGCCUUGAUUGCAAAGUCUGUACAGUUUGUGAAAAGCCAGAUAAUGAGGAUGCGAUGCUGUUUUGCGACCGCUGUGACAGGGGGUAUCAUACCUACUGUGUUGGUUUGAAAGCUCCUCCAUCUGGUUCUUGGAUUUGUAAUAAUUACUGUGCUUUUGAUGACCAAAUUAGGUGUAAGCGUUGUAAUGUUAAUCUGAGCAGGGACAACGUAAAUGGUAAGAAGUUGUCAAGACGUUCGACUUUGGAUAAAUAUUGUGAUGAAUGUUUUGCAAUAAUUUCUUAG